GGUCAGUCACGUGACAUCAAUACUGCAGCCAUGAGGUCCAAGGAAUAGACCUAUCAAGUUUGUGUGUUUAAACAGUGUAAAUAAGCCAAAAAUGUCGUUUGGUGAGCUUAUUACAAGUCUGCAGAAGUGUGCUAUUACUGAUGAACAAGUACAAGAAAAUGUCAAGGAAGAUCUGAAUCUGUUUUAUGAGCGACUUUUGGAUUCUUCCAGGAGUACUGUGAAGAGGUCUAAGGAGAGAUGCUUGGAGGAGGCUGUCCAGCUGCUGAAGCGCGUUUCCAAGACGCAUUUGCUUUUUAGUUUAGAGGAGAGUCAUUUGCUGCUCCUGAUCCAAGUCCUUAUUUCUCUCCAGUUAGAGACAGUUGGCAUAUCUACAGCAUGUGGGAAAAUAGACCAGAUGUUGCAUGAGCUGUCUGAUGUAAAUGAACAGCUAGUUUUUACAGAAAUCAAAAACUGCUUGCAGGCAAUUGCCCAUAAAGAGCAGUUACUAUCAUUGGAUGACCUGCAAAGAGCAUGUAUGUUCCUGGAAGACAGUGCUGUCGGUCGGGAGGUUUGGAAAGAGCUGUGUCUGCCUCUAAUGCAAAAAGUAGCACAACUUUUUACAGUUGUGCUUAAAGAAGAACCUUUAAGAGAUGGACUGCUCUGUUACUCUGCUGUGAAGCUUUGUUUGCAGACAUUCCAGCUAUUGCCAAAUCAAGUGUCAUCCGUGGUGUGGACAGAGAUGGAAGGCAGCCAAGUUCUACAACACAUCCUACAAGCUCUUCUUGACAUCAUAUAUGGACAGUGCUGCAAUAGAGACACUUGUUUACUGGCAGGUACUGCAGUGGCUAUGAUGCUCAACUCCUCACAAAACCAAGCAGCGGGACAUGCUGCCUGGAAUCUACUUCAGAUCUCGAAUCAAGAGUCUGGGGUUGUAACAGUCGGUGGUCUCCAGGUGAACUGCAGAUUCAUCAGUAAGAAAGAGCUGGCUGUUCUGGCUGUUAGCAGAGGAGUCCUGACUUGCUGUCGGCCCCAUGUCCUGCUCAGCUCCAACAAUGAUAAUACAGAAGUGUGUUUACUGCUGAACGGUUUAUUUCCUGUUAUAAUCAGUUUGUGUGAGGAGAAACUGAACUGUCAUUACUUUGCCUUUGAAGUGUUAACUCUUUGGCUGAAGAAGGUGAAGGAAAAUUUGGCUGAAAUUAUGAAGACAACAGGGGCACGCCUUCUUUCUGACAGUAGCGGCCUCCAACAACAACUCAUUCAUAUAGUUUUGAGCAAUGCUGACAGCCCUGUAGAUGGAGUGUCCGAAAUGGCCCGUAGUGCCUUUGCUCUGCUACUGGACCUCUAUCAGAUGGAUUAUGAGCUGUGUAAUGAUGCUGAAAGGACUCUUUAUUCUUCAUUACUUUAUCAGAUAACCAAAUUCCCUUGGGAAAAUAAAGCCAAAUACUACCAGUUAUGUGCACUGCUCCCAUAUUUAGGUUCUGAAAAGGUAUUGAGUCAUUACAGUGAGUUACCAAAUCAUAUGCUGAAGUGUUUAAGCACAAAUCACCUCUCUCCAUGUGGAUCAGAGCUUUAUAAAUGUCUGAUUCAGCAGCAACGACAGGAGCUCUCCAGCCAAAAUGAACUGUAUCUUGUGGAUCAAUGGGCAAAGUGCUGGAAGUCUGUCCUUAUUGAGGCACUUACAUCUGAAGUGGCAUUUUUACAAAACAACUGCUCAAUUCAUCUAUUGCCGAGUACAUUUCGUGUGUUUCCUUCUGCUGUGGAGCCACUGUUACGAUCUCUGGACACAAGCUCCCCUGGUCAUCUGUAUGCCUGGGCCUGUGUUUUGAGUUCAUAUCGGGCAACCACUGGACAAUCUCCUUGGACUUUGCAGGGAGGCACCACCCUCAAGAUCCUCCAUCUGGCCUUAGAGUCUGCAGAUGACAAAGUGCGUCUUGCUGCUUUCAGUCUCCUCUGCUGCAGCCCAAAAACAAAAGACUUUCCAACACAGGAGGAGCUGGAAUUGAUCAAGGGCUUUAUUCCUCAAAAUCUCAAUUGUGAGUCUUCAUCUUUCCGCCAACAUUUUCAAAAUGGAGUGAGGCGAUUCUUGGUCCGUAUCAGAGACUGCUGCUUGUCCUUUGUCAAAAUUCAAAAUGGCAAAAAGAAACAAGAUGGUUCCAAUAAAAAAGGCGUCAAAGACUUACUGGAUCAGGGAACAGAAUUUGUUGAUUGGUUGGGAGAGCUUCCAUACUGCUAUCUGGCAGCAGGUCAUAGCUACCAAAGGAAAAAGACAUCUCUACUGGUGCUUACUGCAGUGCUAGAAACAUGUACUGCCACAUGGAGCCCAGACAAAAAGAAAGGACAACCACCAAUGAAUAUGGAUUGUCUUAUUAAGUACAUAAAACAAAAGGGACAGUGGAAUUUCUUCAGCCGUGCAAAACUACUUGUCCUCAUCAGCUGUUUGGAGGAUGCAACAAAUGAGAUCCGAGAGCUCGCUUCAUAUUUGUUGAUGAGAUUUUUUCCAUGCAAUUUUCCAAAAGACAUUUCCACUGCUCUAUUCACACGAACAAAACAGCUCCUCUGCAGUCCUCGAGUGCAGGAGGCACAAAUGGGAGCGCUGAUGAUUAAGGUGCUCCAUCCAUCUGAACUAUGUGGGUCAAACUUUCAGGAAUUUGAUUUAGUGAGAUUUCUAUUUAAUGAGUUAGAGGAACAUUAUUGUACAGCGAAGAGUGACAUGAUGCUUGCUGCCAGAACUAAGCCUAUUCAUGGAGUCCUGAGUGCUCUUCAGAGGUGCUUGUUUGAUUCAUCUAGCAACAUGCAGGAUAAACUUGACAGCAGACUGAUCCUUUUUGCACUAGAGCUGUUGGAAAACAUUUCUCUGCUUCUUCUUGGUGUGUUGUAUGGCGACCAGGAGGGCACUGGUCAAGAUGUACCUCCUUCUUUUUGUGACAUGGGGAAUGCAAUCACAAGUUUAAUUGAUCAGGCCUCAGGAGGGGGGCACAGUGAGACAGAUGAGUGUGUUCUGUUAUCAGAGGAGCACAGCCUUGUUCUCACCUGCUGCUGGGUCUCUCUCAAGGAAAUUGGAAUAUUUUUGGGUUCUUUGGUAGACCAUGUCUUUACUCAGUGUCAGGGCUCCAACCACCUUCUCACCAAAACAGAUCUAAAAAGAGCUUCAAGGGUCUUUUGGAAUAUUCUGCUUAAAUGCCGCCAGUGGGGGGCAGUAGAGGGUUGCUGCAUCGGCUUCACUAAGUUUUGUGCUUGUCUGCUGAGAAGUAAUGAUCCAGAACUAAAUGAAAUCCCUACAGACAUGUUAAAACAAGUACUGCAGGUCAUAGCGUCCCCCAGGUCCACUUCAGUGACCCGACGUGCAGCAGGUCUGCCCAUGCUCAUUUUGUGUGUGCUUUCAGCAGAGGUUUCCAGCAAAGGCCGGCCUCUUUUAGCCUACAGUUUAGAAUUUUUACUAGAAACGGCCAAAGCUUCUCUUCCAGAGCAAUGGGACCAGACCCUAGACCUCCCACAGGUGUGUGCAGUUCACACUUUGCAAGCCCUGGUUCGUGGCACAGCUCUGGGGUCUGCAGUCCUCCAGUUUUCUCCAACUGUUGCCAUCCUUUCACUGACCCUGCUCAGUUCUUCCUGUUGGGCUAUGAGGAAUGCUGCUCUCCAACUCUACAGUUCCCUUUGCUGUCGAAUGCUUGGCCACUGUCCCAGCAAUGGGGAUGACAAGAGUGCUCAAAAUGGGAUGUCCUCCACUGCCUUCUUUUGUCACUACAGUGCACUGCAGCCUUUUCUCUUGGCAGAGCUAAGAGAAGCGGCACAUGCUUUGCAGAGUCAGUCAAAUGAAGCUCGGCUUCACCUCAAGCCUUCACUGUUUCCUAUUCUCACCCUGUUAGCGCAGCUCCAUCCUAGUCUCCAAGACUCAGCACAAUCUUUGUCAGGCUUUGUACCUCCUUUACUUCAACUUUCUGCCAGUCCUAUUUACAAUGUGAGAGCAAUGGCAUCAAGAGCUUUGGUAGCAAUAACACCCCCCUCUGAAAAUAUUAAGAUCCUUCUCACACUGGCAGGACAACUCCCAGGUUCACAACAGAGAUAUUCUCACAACUGGCUGCACGGACACCUGUUGCAGAUCAAAGCCCUCUUUCUCAAGGCUGUUGGUGCUCAAAGCGUUGUACCUAACCUGCAUGAGGCAGUAAACAAAGUGGAGGCAUCAAUCUGGUUGGCAACUGAAGCUCAGCGCUGCCCCCUAGUGAAAAUGGCGUAUGUUGAAGUAGUCGAAACCAUAACACAAUUCUGUUCAGAACAUUUCCUUUCACAACUUCAUGAAAUACUGACUGAUGAUCUACAAAAGCCUCAACACGAGAUCCAGAUUGGUCGCUCAUCUUUCCAUCAAACAUUGAUUCGUUUUCUAUGCACCAACCCCCUGUGGGCAUCUCACAUUUGGAAACAGUUUGAUGUUUUGAUUCCUGAUGUUAGACUGGCUCUGAUAAAAUGGGCAGUUGAUGGGUGCAGUUUACAUCCAAAUAAGGAGCUGAUCCAUGAGGUGUUACAGGAAAACCUACAGGAUGCAUUACUGAGCAAAUGUGUGGAAUAUCGCCACUCGUACCUUAAAGCGCUUGUAACACUAGCGACUUCAGGGGAGAUUCUUCAGCCUCAGUUGCCUCUAAAAACCACACUGAAGGAGCCUGUUUUGGUUGAAUGUGUAGAGCUGUUACUUGAGGAUGUGGAGGCCCAAAGAGGUGGUCCGGAGUUCCUGUCUGAGGCCCUGGGGGCAGUUAGUUUACUUUUACGUCACUGUUCCAGCUUCUUUACUAUUGAGCGUUGGUGUAAAGUUUUGGAGGACCACUGUUUACCACAUGUGUCUGAAGGACUCAGAAUGGCCUGUGCGGAGGCUUUGACUUUGGCUGGAGUCUCUCUUCUGAAUCAGAGGCCAAACCAAGAAAAAAAUGCCGUAAUGAUCAGGUUGGUCAGUAUAAGCCUUCACUUACUUCAAGACCAGAGUGUGCAUAUUCGAGUGAAAGCAGCGUAUUUCGCCUCCAUGCUAAAGCACACCUAUGGAACCUCUCAGGGGAGAAUCUCUGUCAUGCAGAUGAAUAAGGCCCUCCCGUUCCUCCUCCAUCAGCUCACAGAGCAGUGUUGGGACUCUGGUGCUUUUGACGUGCUCCUAUCUCACCUGCCCCAGACUGACCUUAGAUCUGUUCAGAGAAAUGCCUUGCAAAAUGGGUGUGUCACUUUGUAUGAGCAAGACGAGGCCAAUGUGUUUUCAGAGCCAUCAGUGAUGUGCGCUCAGGUGCUGCCCUAUUUACUCCGUAUUGCUGAUAAAUACAGCCAGUCCCCCUCUUUGGAAAAACAUUUAAACACUUGGGUAAAGGAGACUGGCCCACAAGUGCUAGAAGAUCUCCAAGUUUGCAAAGAACUCUCGACAGGUGAUAUGCAGACAUGGCUUACCCUCCUCAUAGACGCCCACUUUCACAGCACACUCUGUGGUAUGUUCACCCAGGCUGUCCUCCUCAUGCGACUUAGGAAAUUAUCUAAAGAUCUCCCCGUCCUCUGUGAGCCCUCCACUCUACAGCAGGCUGUACACGCUUCCUACUGUGAGUUAAGGGAAAAUGGUGUCCACUUUCCCCACUCACUCUCAGCUGCUGUUGUGGGAGAGCCUUCAAAGUGAUGCAACGCCCAGCAUGAAAGCCAUGAUACAUUGGAGUCACCAGAUAAAAUUGCAUGCGGAUAUUUUAGGAUGCACAGGGUAACUACAUGCAAAGGACAAGACAUGAAAGAGCUACAUCCGCUGAUUCUGCAGUACUUGGACACUUCACUGGUUACGUAAGAAGUCAGUAGCUGGAGCUGCUUUGAACUAAGCUUUUGAAGAAAAGGCAAACACAACUGUUAUGUGGCUAUCUUUUACUUUUAAAACAUAAAGUUUUUUUGUUUUUUUUUAAUAAGGUUGCAAUCAGGCGAAUCUAAUGUUAUGUGGUGACGUAAUCCAACAGCUUCUUGGAAAAUUGGCAGCUGAGUGCCCAGUGGGGAAAUAUCGUGUGGCUUUAAUGCUCCAUUAGAGGCCUUCUCCCUGGAUAAGUGUCCAUUUUCCACAGCCACACAGGGCCAAAGAUGAUUGUCUGAAUGAGAUAAAGAACUGGUCUGAUUUUUAUUUUCUUGUAUUUGAAUCACAAACCCCUGAUUAGUCUGAUAGCAUUAUGCCUUACAACCUUCUCAUAACUGAGAAAAGUUAUGAAGAGAGUGGAAACUUUCUUACAGUCUCAAAUCCUUGACCAUCAUUGACAUUAAUCGAAUAUGACCACAAUAGAUGUUAUUUGAGGUACAUUUUUUCCGAGUAUCUGAUAAUGCUCACUCCGGUUUGGUUACACCAAGGCCAUGUCUGUGUACACCUUGAUUGCACGUGAGUCAUUGUAACAGAUGAAUGGAUGUGUGUUCCAGUUUUUAUGACAAUGAGAACAGACAUAUCCAGUUUAAAAUCUCACUAAAUGUAAAUGGAGAUUUGCAGGGGCUCAAAAACAAAAGCCACUAUGCAACCCUGCAGCCUGAAGUUUGACCCCUGACCCCAGUGGCAUAUUUUGCAUUCCCAGAAUAAAGUGAAAGUUAAAGAUUAUUAAAGCCAUGAAAUGUGUACAGUGU